AAGCUUUAGUCAGGGACUCUGGAGGCAGGAGAGCAGAAGCACGAGAGAGUGGAAAAAGCAAGUGUGAGGAGGUGAACAGGCGUGGAGAGAGCAGGCCCCCCCAGGCAGCGCAGACGGAGGCUGCACUCGGAGCUCACCACCCUUCUAGUUUUGUCACGCUGCCGAGCUUGGCUGCCAUCCUCAGGCGCGCAGGCAAGUGGCUGCGUCGAAGAGGGACAGAGAAAAUAUUGCAGUCGUCGCCGCCACAUCUGCUCAGGGGUGGCCGUCGGGGGAACCUUUCUUACCCUCCACCCCCCCACCCCGUGUGAGGGAACAGCACCAACAGAGGGCCUCAGGCCAAGACAACUGGAUCAGCUCCAACUCCUCAUUCCCCGAGGACGUUUUAUUUUUCCUUCACCUUGGCCUCCGGGAGCCUCACAGCAACAGAUGGGCAGAGGGCUACGCGCUGCUCAGCAGAGGAACUCCGGCUCGUCUGCGUCCCUGAGCGCGGCCCCGGAGAGACUCCACCGCACGGCGUGAGCCCGGGGAAAGAGCGUGGCGAUCCGAGUACCCGCUACUCCUGCCCCCCCUCCUUCGCCCGCCGGCCCAUCCGUCCCGGCCCCUGGCCCUUCCUCUGUGGGAGCCCCUGUGGUACCCCCACCCCUUUACACUACACCCCCUGCCCGUGAGGCAGGAAAAGCGUGAAAAAUCUCACUAAUGGGUUUGUUCGCUGUCAGAGCAGCCGUGAUGUGUCACUCCCCAGGACUUUUCCGCUUGACGUGUUUCGCUGGCAAGCCAGGUGAAGUCUAGUCUGCUGAAGGGAUCCUCAGACCCAGCUGAACUAUCAGGAGCUUCAUCAACACCAGCCUUUCACCCUCCGAGUCCAGGAGCUCUCCACGCCUAACCGCCUGCUCCUCGUGCCGUUUUACCCCCCUAACGCCUGUUUUCUCAUUCCGGCACGUUUGCCCCCCCCCCGCCUCCACCCCUGCCUCCAGCCCUGCCUCCACUGCACUGCGGAGAGAGGCUUGGCUCAUCCCCCUGGGGUUCCGAAGGCUGCGUGGCUCCGCCACGGCAGAGCUGGGGGCUCGCCGCUCGGGGUGGCCGAAGAUGCACGUCUGGCUGCUGGCCGCGCUAGCGGCGGUGGUCGGGGGUCCGUGUGCACUCCUGCAUGGAGCGGAGGCACGGAAGGUGCGGAAGAGGCCGAAGGAGUUGACCCCGCAGCAUACAGAGGCGUUUAACGCCACACUGUCCAACAGUGAGGAGCUCGAUGAGGGCCCGAAGGUCACUGAGGGUCACAGAGUGGACCCACAUGGCUCAUGGAUGGACUUUGUAAAACGGCCUGUUGGCAACUUUCCAGGGAAGUGCCGGAAGCGAAAGCGACCACUGCCAGGACCUCCAGGCCCACCGGGACCUCCGGGGCCUCAGGGCCCUCCCGGGGCCCCUGGUGCAGAGGUCACUCAAGAGGUUCUGUUGCAGGAGUUUAAAAUGAUGAUCAAAGAGGCCACAGAGAGGAGGUCUGCAGCAGACAGAGCCAGUGGCCCCGGCCAGAUACCCACAGCUUUCUUGGCCCUAGAGGGCAUGGUCUCCUACAGAAGGAUCGAAGAGGCCUUCCACUGCAAACUCAGAGGCCCUGUGGUUGUGGAAAAGAAGACCCUGACAGAGCUGCAGAACUUCCAGACGCCUCCUGCCAAAGGUGCCUUCCGCCGCGGGACUGGGAUGGAUCAGUCUACUGGCCGAUUCACAGCACCCAUCACUGGAAUUUAUCAGUUCUCUGCCAAUGUGCAUAUUGACCACAGCGAGGUAAAGAGAAGCAAAAGCCAGCUGAGGGCCAGGGACAGUGUGAGAGUCCUCAUCUGCAUCGAAUCACUGUGCCACAGAUACACGUCUUUGGAGAUGAUUGUUGGCUUGGAGAGUAACAGCAAGAUAUUUACUGUGUACGUUCACGGAUUGCUGGAGCUCCAGGCUGGCCAGUACACAUCCAUAUUCGUGGACAACGCGGCGGGAGCUUCCAUCACGGUCCAAAACGGCUCUGAUUUCAUGGGCAUGCUUUUGGGGGUAUAGCCCCUUGUCCUCUGCCCCCACCCAACCCUGCUUGGCUUCUGUCUGGGCUACCAUCAGACACUUCAUGAAACAGUGGAGAACACGGGGCAGCCCGGGACUGCCGGCUGCAAAGCCUGACUGCGGCGAGAUUCGUUCGCUGUGCUGGGUGAGGGGCGUCAAGCGCUUCCGGACGUCUCGGGAGAAAAAGACAGCUGGGUGGAAUUCUCCUGUCACUGCUGGGGUGAAGAAAUAAAGGUGGAUCUGCGCUGAUGUUCUCAUGCUUGUGUACUCUGAGGCUUUUCAUACGCAAUCCAAGCAAUGCUUCGUUAUAGUGAAAUUCUAAGAAAAUGAUAUUAAGCAGAAUUUAUUUUUUGAUAUAUAUAUGCACACAUACGGUAUACGUAUACAGUAUAUAUGAUAUAACUAAAGAUUUACAUGUCUUUGAUGUACUCUGAUAGUGACUGAUUCUUUCAAAAUGUCAUUUGACUGCUUAAACAAACCUUUGCUAUGAAAGGAAACCAAGUGAAGCUGAGAAAGACGCUGUCUCUUGACCCAGUGAACUUUGCCCUACCUCUGUGAGAGACGGAUCCUCUUGUUCUUCUGUUUCCUUAUUCAAACACCUCUGUUUUGUGGAUCACAAGCCGAUAACAAGCUGCAUUGCGCUGGACAUCUCCGGAGCGUUUGUGCUGUUAUGAGAAAAUGAAUCACCAGAUUGUUGACAAAGAACAGAGCUGCCAGAGGCCACCAUGAGGUGAUCCUGGCUUGAUCUGAUCUUCAUGAAGUGCCAAGCACUUUAAGAUCAGAGCUGUGGUCCAGGAGUUCACAAGUGCGUGUGCGGAGUGCAUGAGGGCGCAUGUGGAGUAUAUAAGGGCGUGUGUGGAGUGUACGAGGGCGCAUGUGUAGUAUAUAAGGGCGCGUGUCGAGUGUACUAGGGCGCGUGUGGAGUGCACGAGGGUGCGUGUGGAAUGUACGAGGGCGCGUGUGGAAUGUACGAGAGCGCAUGUGACGUGUACGAGGGCACGUGUGGAGUGCACGAGGGCGCGUGUGGAGUGCACUUGGAAACACCCGCUGAGCUCAUGCCCUAUUUUAUGAAACAGCAAACACCCAUCAGCAAGAAGCACGCUCAUGUCCAUAUGCUGUUUUUUAUAUUUGUUUUUAACAGGAGCUAUAAGUAGUUUUUCUUUUAUUUUAAAUUUUGAGUAUAGCAGACAAGAUAAUGUGCAUAUAUGAGUACAUGUACAAUUGAACAAAGUAUUUAUGUAAAUGUAUCGGUAAACAUAACUAAAAGCCAAAAAAGGGUGGGCUUUUGUGUACCCAGUAGGAUGUCAGUAUGAGUGAGUGAAAUGUGAAUAAAUCUCCAUUUUGAGCAUAUAUACAUUUCUUGUACUGUAGUGCAAUAAAAGUUACAUUUGUAUAUGUCCAG